AUGGAUGAACUCCUAGAUGAUAGAUAUGGGGAAGGAGAAAUCCUUGAUCGAGAAUGCCCAGUCUGUGGGUAUUCUAAGAAAUACAACUCAGCAUGCACUACGGGCAAGAAAGUUGUGUGGCAGUGUACUGUCAAGAAGACAGUUAUCAAUGCAACGCCUGUGGAUACACAGAAGGUAAUAAAAGCUCAGCAAUGUUUGUUGAUUAGCUGGCUAAUUGAUAUUAUGGGACACAUCUUUUUCGAAGAUUGCGGAAAAGCUACCAAACUCCCUGGGCAGCUUUCUGAAGAAAAUGAUUUUUGCAUCGUUUUUGAGCGGAACACUUCCCAGUCUCAAUUCCAAAAUUGCUGACAAAAAUGCAUGA